AUGGACAUUAGCAGCAGCAGCCCGUUCACCACCGUCUUCUCCCCGCGCUCGCAGGGCCGCAGCACGCAACCGUUCUUCAUCAUCCUCACCCCGACGUCCUGCCGGUCCGACCACCACCACCAUCACGAAGAAGUGUGGACGACCGCGCCGUCGUCGCCGCUCAAGGACGAGGACAUCGACGGCGAGGAGAUGGUCGACAUCGCGACCGCCGCGGUGAUGGGGCUGGGCAUUCGGGAGUACGCGCCCGGGUCGGAGGGGGAGGGCCUGGGGCUCGGGAUAUCGAUGAUGGACGAUCUUGGCGACGUCCUCGCCACCGGAACGCGGCAAGCUCGCCGAAGGGAGGGGGGCGCCGAGGCGGAAGUCAACGACGCCAGCCCGGGGUUCGAAGAAUGGGUUACCCCUCUACAGGCCUUCUCCCCCGGCCCCGCCGCGCCGCCGGUACGCCGCUACGACGCGGUGCGGAUCGUGGGCGCGGACGAGGACCCGAUGGAGGUGGAGCAGGCGAUGGAGGAUAUGCUGGGCGUGCUCGUGCAGCCGCUCGUGCAGCCGUAUGGCUGGACGUUGGAGGCGUACGCGGAGGAAGCGGCGUUCGGGACAGGAUGGUACUGGGAUGACGAGUGUUAUUAUAUCUAG